GGUCUGGUAUCCAGUAUUUGCAUGAAAACAGAAUUAUACACAGAGAUUUAAAGCCUGAAAAUAUUGUUCUUCAGGAUGAAGGUGGGAAGAUUGUUCACAAAAUAAUAGAUCUGGGAUACGCAAAGGAUCUGGAUCAAGGAAGUUUAUGCACUUCAUUUGUUGGAACAUUACAAUACUUGGCUCCAGAACUCUUCGAGAAUAAAUCCUACUCAGUUACUGUUGAUUACUGGAGCUUUGGAACGAUGGUGUUUGAAUGCAUUGCAGGAUUUAGACCUUUCUUACAUAAUCUGCAGCCAUUUACCUGGCAUGAAAAAAUCAAGAAGAAGGAUCCAAAGCACAUCUUUGCUUCUGAAGAGAUGAAUGGGGAGGUUCGCUUUAGCACCCAUUUGCCACAGCCUCACAGCCUCUGUGGUUUAAUUGUAGAACUGAUGGAAAAUUGGUUGCAACUGAUGCUGAACUGGGAUCCACAACAGAGGGGUGGAGGUUUAGAUCCUGAGACCAGUCGUCCAAAGUGUUUCCUAAUAAUGGAUCACAUACUGAAUUUGAAGAUAGUACACAUCCUAAAUAUGACCUCUGCCAAGAUUGUUUCAUUUCUCUUGCAUCCCGAGGAAAGUCUUCAUUCCCUUCAGAUUCGGAUUGAAUUUGAAACUGGAAUAAGUACUGGAAAUCAGGAACUGCUGUUGGAAACAGGGAUUUGCCUGGACCCUCGGAAACCUGCUUCCCAGUGUGUUAUUGAUGGCGUAAGAGGCUGGGAUAGCUACAUGGUCUAUUUGUUUGAUAAAAGCAAAACUGUCUAUGAUGGACCCUUCGCUUCUCGGAGUCUGUCUGACUGUGUAAAUUACAUUGUACAGGAUAGUAAAAUCCAACUGCCAAUUCCUCAGCUGCGCAAGGUAUGGGCAGAAGCAGUUCACUACGUGAUUGGACUAAAAGAAGAUUAUAGCAGGCUCUUCCAGGGUCAGAGAGCUGCCAUGCUCAGUCUUCUUCGGUAUAAUGCCAACUUAAUUAAAAUGAAAAACAAUAUGGUGUCAGCAUCUCAGCAACUGAAAGCAAAGCUGGAAUUCUUUCAUCAAAGCAUUCGCCUCGACCUGGAGAGAUACAGUGACCAGAUGGCUUAUGGCAUAUCUUCAGAAAAGAUGCUCAAAGCCUGGAAGGAGAUGGAAGAGAAGGCCUCUCAGUGUGCACAGGCUGAAGAUAUUGGAUAUCUGGAUGAGCAGAUUAUGGCUCUGCACACAGAGAUUGUAGAGCUUCAGAAGAGUCCCUAUGCAAGGCGCCAAGGAGAGGUCAUGGAGAGCUUGGAACAGAGAGCCAUAGACCUAUACAAGCAAUUAAAAACAAGACCUCCAGAUCAUGCCUACAGUGACAGCACGGACAUGGUGAAGAUCAUUGUGCAGACAGUACAGAGCCAAGACCGAGUUCUCAAGGAGCUCUUUGGCCAUCUCAGCAAGCUCUUGGGCUGUAAGCAGAAGAUCAUUGACUUGCUUCCGAAGAUUGAAGUAGCUCUAAAUAACAUCAAGGAAGCUGACAACUCAGUGAUGCAGAUGCAGGGCAAAAGACAAAGGGAAAUAUGGCAUUUGCUAAAAAUAGCUUGCACUCAGAGCUCUUCUCGAUCGCUGGUAAGCUCCAGCCUGGAAGGGACAGCCUCAACUCCAGCAGCCACGUGGCUCCCACAGAGCUCCUCAGGGAAUGUAGCUCACCCUCUGUCAUCUAUGGCAACUCCCGAAGAUGGGGAAAAUUUUGUCCAUGUGAUAGAAGAGAAUCUGAACUACCUUGAACUCUUCAGCAGUAUUUUGCAGGAGGCAAGGCAGGAGCAGAACAACAGCAUGAUGAGUUUUGAUUGGAGCUGGCUGAAAUAG